ACUUUUUAUUUGGCGGCUGAACGCAGGAGCUAUCAGGCUUACAUAAAUUUAUCCUUAAAAACAUAUCAAUUACUUUAGAUGAAAGCGACAAGGGGUUCUAGAUCUCAAAAAAGAAAUGGGGAAAUUCAACUACGGGUAAUAUCUGAGAAGCAUCUUAAGUUUUUAGAUUCAAAUGCAUCUCGUCUGAAGCAAAUAAUCGACUUUGAUGAUAACCUUUUGGAUUGUUUACGGGCUAACAAAGUCUUCACAGUUACGCAACUGGAAGAUUUAGAACAUUCUUCUUCUCAUAAACCUUCUCGAUUCACAACUGGCAUAGCUAUAAAAUAUUUAAGAAAAAGGCCCGAUCACUGCUUUAGACUAUUCUUCCAAUCUCUGAAAGAAGCCGAUCAGCAACAUAUAGUUUCGAGUCUAGAAUUGGAUGAAGAAAUCGAAUAUUCCAAAGAGAAAGAGUCAAAAGAUAACUCUGAAGUAUGCACUCCAGAUUUUUACUGGAAAGUAAAGGAAAAAUCAUAUCAUAUAGAUUUAAAUAGCCGUCAUAGGGGUGAAGGACUUAUUUUCAACGUACAGCAAGGAAGAUUCGGAACCAAUAUAGAUCGCGAUAAACUAAAAACAGCCCUUGACUAUCUUGGCUUUAAAUUAACUAUAUACAAUGAUGCUGAUGGUCUACAAUCUUCGGAAAUGGAGGAAAAACUCAAAAAUUUUGUCAAGACGACUGCAGCAGGGCCGAUUGUGUUCAUUAUAUUCUUAGCUCAUGGAGAUGAUUCUGGAGUGAUGGGAACAGAUGGAACUUUUCUUACGGACAAAAGAAUUAUUAACUGCUUGAAUAAUAUUAACGCACCACAUCUCUUAAAUAUUCCAAAGCUUUUACUAUUCCAAAGGUGUAGAACAUCGCUAAACUGCUUCAGCGAAUCUCCUGACUCAAAUCUACCGGUGUGGACUGAUUAUUGCAUAUGCUGGAGUACGCAAGACGGCAGAGAAGCUUGGAGAACUGGAGAAGGGUCAUAUUAUAUUGACGCAUUUUGUACUAUUUUAAUUAGAUUUGGAAGUGUAAGGAGUCUCAACGAAAUUCUAAAUUUGGUUAAUGAAAGACUGAAGAUGAAGAAGUUUUUAAGACCGAAUACAAAUGAACAAAUGAGCGAAUUUACAAGCGGUUUAGACAAAGAUUUAUAUUUUUUUCCGAAUUUAAUUUCUGAUCAAUUAUAGUAAUGGUUUGUUAUUGUUAUUGUUUUUUUAAUGAUUUAUCAAUCGUGCCAUUGUAUAGUAAAAAAUCAGUCUAUUUGGUUUGUUUUAUAUUUGUAGCUCGGCAAGUUAUUUUUUAUUUUUAGUUAUAUCUUUUUUUAUUAACGAAGUUUAUUAAUUUUAUGCUGAAAAUUUUUAAUAAACAUUACUGUCUAAUUUUAGAUAUGAGCGGGAAAAGCUUCAUCUCUUAUGACUAUA